AUGUUACGAACAAAUCUAAAUCGUACAUUAAUUCAAUCGAUCCAACGUUUUACAUCUUCAUUACCUAGUUAUCAAACAUUGAAAUUGACUUAUCCUCAACCACGCGUAGUUCUGGUGGAAUUAAAUCGACCAACAAAACUAAAUGCCAUAAAUAAACAGUUAUUCGAUGACCUAAAAACUUGCUUCGAAUAUUUGAACACAGAACGAACAUGUCGUGCAAUAGUCUUAACUGGUGCUGGAAGAACAUUCACUACUGGAAUUGAUUUGAAAUAUUUAUCGACAUUUGCUACUGGUGAUGUUGCUCAAAUUGAUGAUAUCGCUCGAAAAGCUUUACAUCUUCGACGAUUCAUACACGAAACUCAAGCAUCGUUCCGAGCAAUUGAUAAAUGUGAAAAACCAAUCAUCGCUGCCGUAUAUGGGCAUUGUCUAGGUGCUGCCAUCGAUCUCCUAUCCAGCUGUGAUAUUCGUUAUUCUUCACGUGAAACAAUAUUUUCCAUCAAAGAAGUAGAUAUGGGCAUAGCCGCCGACAUUAGCACAUUGCAAAUAUUACCUAAAGUUAUCACUAAUCACAGUCUUUUUCGAGAGCUUGUUUAUACUGCACGCGCAUUCAAAAUCGAUGAAGCUCAACAAAUUGGAUUGAUCAGUCAAGUGUUUGAUACGCGUGAAGCAGUCAUCGAUGCAGCUAUUUGUUUGGCUAGUAAAAUUGCAAGCAAAAGUCCGGUAGCUGUGCAAGGAUCGAAAAUAAACUUGAAUUACGCACGUGAUCAUACUAUUGAAGAAAAUUUCAAAUUUGCAUGCACAUGGAAUAGUAGUAUGCUGCUUAGUGAAGACAUUGUGAAGAAUGUGAUGGCAUCGACGGAGAAAAACAGUAUCGAUUCUUCAAACAAGGUUCAAUUCGAAGAUAUUUAA